AUGGCCGACGCCUCAUCAAAGACCACUCCGCUCUUAUGCAAAAAGCAGCCUCCCCUGCUACUCAGCAAUACCCAAGAGCUCACCGCGGACAAAAACAUUGCUCGCCGGAACGUUGCAUCUAGCAAUGUUCUCUCAGGGUGGACCAUCUCUACCGGAGAGCCAGACGGCGACAAGGCCAAGUUAAAGAUGCAACUCAACAACAUGGGUGCCACAUCGAGCUCGAUGGUUGCGAGAGAGACGUCCUCUGCAUGCGAUGAGUUUCUGCUUCCAUGCCCUGACUCACUCUACAAGGAUACAAUUAGCAGUCCAGACCAGUUCAUGUUCGGGGGUUUAAGGAGCUCUUCAUGGAUGAUUUGGAUGUAUUGA